AGCGAGCGCUCGCAUUGGCAUUAUUCGCAACUGCAUUACAUAUGUAUAAGUGUGCAUGAAACAAUAAAAAUUGUUACUUUAUGUAAUAUUAUAUUCGUUAUUUGUAGUUGUAAAUGGAGUAAAAUGUAUCGUUAUUAUUUAAACAAUCAUUUUAUUUAAUUGCCUUCGAUUUGAAAACAGUGUACAUAAGAUUAUAAACAUGCCAAUAGGUUAUUGUAAAUAAAUUUUUAUACAUACCUGCUUAUGUAUAUAUAAAAAAAUAAUUAUAAUUUUAUGAUAGUAUAUAUAAUAAACAAUCGUUUACGUGAAUCAUUCGAUUUUUCAUAUUAUCGAGAUCAAUGAAAACCUGAUUCAAGAAAGUGCAUUGACUAUGCUUGACGACAUUUUUAUUAAACAAAAACAAUGUUUUUAUGUGUAAUUACAAUGCAACUGAUAUCAAUAUAAAGUGAAAAAUGAUGAAAACAAUGUACUAUUUUUAAAUGAACAUAUAACUUCAAUAUAAGAAAAGAUUAUGGUAAUAACAUUAACCAACAAACUUAAGGUAAAUUAAACUUUAAAGUUAUAAUGAACGAGGAAUGUCCAAGCUGUAACCAAAUAACAAAUACAUCAUGCUCGAGGCUCAUAAAAGACACUUGUGGUCAUAGUAAAUGUCGGAUGUGUUUAAUAUAUGAAGAAGAAGGAUGUAAAGCAUGUAACAAUGAACACAUUAUACAAAAUAUUGGAAAUUAUGAUUGUCAACCCUCAAUGAAAACAAAUUCAAACAAAUUUUCUACUUUCAAUAAAAAUAUGAAAUAUAAUGAUGAAAUAGUGCUUCCAUUGGAAUUAGUCAUUAACAAACAUUCUAGAUACAAAGCUAAAGAUCUUGAAUUGGAUUCAAUCAAUUGUGUAAAUAGUCCUGAUUCUUAUAAGAAUACAAGUAUUAAAAAGCCAGAAACUUAUAACAAAUCUAUUAUCACUGAACGUAAAGAUGAUGUUUCUGAUAAGUUAUAUAUUUCCAAAGAAGAAAUUGGGAAUGAGAUUUUAAGCACACGCACAUUUCUAAAUCACAAUUCAUCUACAGAAAAUUGCUACAAUGAAAGAAUAACAGAUAGUUGUGGUUCUAACCCUAAAACAGAAUCUCCAAUCAAGGAAAAGUUAACAAAACGUAAAUUGAGUAAAAGUUUUGGAAGUAAUCACAUUUUAAUACUGCCAGGAUCUCCAGAAAGAUACAAAUGCAGUAUCUGCAAUAAAAUUUUUCAUAACAAGAAAGGAAAAUGUUAUCAUGAUGCUUGUGCAACAGGUAUCAGACCUUACAAAUGUUCUUUCUGUGAUAGAACUUUUAUCAAACGUUCUCACUUUGAGUAUCAUGAACGAGUUCAUAAGGGAUACAAACCAUAUAAGUGCCAUCUUUGCGAAAAAGCAUUUCCACAACGUAAUAAACUCAAUAGGCACAUGUUUUCACACAGUAAAGAGAAACAGUUUGUUUGUCCUCAAUGUAACAAAGGAUACACUAAAAAGGAUGAUUUAAGGAUACACUUGAAUACUCACAAUGAUACAGCUAGAUAUUCUUGUAAGGCCUGUGAGAAGACUUUUGGAAUAUUGACAAAUUUAAAGCGUCACCUAAAGAUACAUACAAAUGAAAGACCUCAUACAUGUGAUGAAUGCAACAAGAGUUUCAAAGACAAAUCGCUCUUAAUUCGCCAUAAGAAAAUACACGGAAAAUAUCGUCCAUUUUCAUGUGCACAUUGUAGCAGAGUAUUUCUAUCUAAAAGCGAAUUGAGACGUCAUUUAAUGGUUCAUUCAGAUGAGAAACCAUUUUCUUGUACAUAUUGUCAAACUGUGUUUAGAAGAAAAGACAAUUUGCAUCGUCACAUUAGACACCAUCAUCCAGACAAUCCAGAUUUUAAGAACACCGAAUUACAGGACACUGCGUCCACGACAAAUACAAACUCAGUAAAAAGUAAACUAAUAAAUACAAAACAGAAGCAGAAACCAAAAAAGGCGCAAAAAAUAGCUUCUAAUUCGUUACCAAAGCAUUCGACUAAAGUGUCGAUGGUUUAUGUGAGUUCUAAUGAUCAAAUUAAUUCUAGAUUAGAUUCGAUGGGUAAUAUCACACCAGUCAUUAGAACUACUAGCGAAGUAAGCAAUGCAGUUCCUGUCAUUAACGGACCAAUUAGUGCUAGGAAAAUAGAGGAUAAGACUGAUACUAGAAAGAAAACAUUUACGUACACAGAACCAAUACCUCUAGCUGAAGCUGUAGUGAUAAACAGACGUAUCGAAGAGAAAUUGUAUCCGCAAAACGUAUCGAAUCACAAUUAUUUUUUCCGAAAUUACUUAAAUUGUCCAGACAAGUCACAUCCUCCACUUAUGAAUCAAACGUGUCGAACAAGUACUCAAUCAAAAAAUUCUGUGCUCGCGUCUUUUAAUGAAAAUCUAACUUCGGAGUCUGGUUCGGAAUCACAGAUAAGCGUUACGCGUCACAAUGUAGACAAAUAAAUUUAUAUUAGAGAAGCAGUAAGGUAGAAAUUGCAUACAACGGAGGUUUGUAUAGUGUAAUAAAUUAGUUUAUGGAAAAAUGUCAAAUGUGAAAGAUUAAAAUUAUUUUUUCUUUAA